AUGAGGAGAGAACUACUGGGUAUCAAAUCAGCUUUGGGUGAUGCAACAAGUUUUCAUCUAGGAAGCCAAGGUUUCAAUAACGCCGAACAAUUAGCAAAAGAUAUACAUGAACUAGAGAGAGAUGAACAAGAUGAAGAAAGUCAACAACAAAAUUUAGAAGUGCAAAAUUUUAAAGUAACUCAACAAAUAUUGAUGUCAACGCGCUAG